UCUAGGAAUGGUUUGCCUGAGGAUGGAGAAGUAUGCCGGGCCUGGUCAGUGCUAAAUCACUCAACCAAGUCACGUCUGAUGAUUUUAAGGGGAAAGUGGAACAUGCUCUCCUGGAUCUGCUCUGAAGAACUAGGGAGAGUCUGAAGUCAGGAUGGCGUAUAUACAGUUGGAACCCAUCAACGAGGGACUCCUGUCCAAGCUGUCCAACUUCCUGCUGUGCCGCUGGACAUGCCAGGACUGCUGUCAGUCAUGCUGGGAGUGCAGCUGCUGCCAGCCCAGCGACGAGGAGGUGGAGAUCCUGGGACCCUUCCCUGCACAGACACCCCCCUGGCUAGUCAAUGACAAAAAUGAGGAAAAGGAUGGGGACUCGGACAACACAGCAAGUGACCCACCAGUGACGCCCCAGGAUGCCUCCCCGGACCGGCGGAGAUCCAGCUCUGACACCUCCCGCUCCACCUACAGCCUCACACGCAGAGUCUCCAGUCUGGAGUCUCGGAGGCCGAGUUCUCCCCUGGUCGACAUCAAGCCCAUCGAGUUCUGGGCCAUGGGCUCCAAGAAGGAGGCAGUCCAGCCCGCGGUGCUGCGCAAGCCCUACGUGCCAGCGGACGAUUACUUCCACAAGUUCGAGCCGCAGCUGUAUUCGGUGGACUCGAGCAGCGAUGACGUGGACUCCCUAACCGACAAGGAGAUCCUGUCACGCUACCAGCUGGGCAUGCUGCACUUCAGCACGCAGUACGACCUCCUGCAAAACCACCUGACGGUGCGUGUCAUUGAGGCCCGCGACCUGCCCCCACCCCUGGCCUGCGAUAGCUCACGCCAGGACAUGGCCCACUCCAACCCCUACGUCAAGAUGUGCCUGCUGCCCGACCAGAAGAACUCCCGGCAGACCGGCGUUAAGCGCAAGACGCAGAACCCCGUCUUCGAGGAGCGCUACACCUUCGACAUCCCCUUCCUGGAGGCCCAGCGGCGCACCCUGCUGCUUUCCGUCGUCGACUUCGACAAGUUCUCCCGCCACUGCGUCAUCGGCAAGGUGGCCAUGUCCCUGUGCGACAUUGACCUGGUCAGAGGAGGGCACUGGUGGAAGGCACUGGUUCCCAGUUCACAGAAUGAAGUGGAGCUGGGGGAGUUGCUGCUGUCUCUCAACUACCUGCCCAGCGCUGGGAGGCUCAACGUGGACAUCAUCCGAGCCAAGCAGCUGCUGCAGACCGACAUGAGUCAGGGAUCAGACCCAUUUGUGAAGAUCCAACUGGUGACGGGGCUCAAGCUGGUGAAGACUAAGAAGACCUCGUGUAUGCGGGGCACCAUCGACCCCUUCUACAAUGAGUCCUUCAGCUUCCGGGUCACACAGGACGACUUGCAGGAUGCCAGCCUGGUCUUCACAGUGUACGGCCACAACAUGAAGAGCAGCAACGACUUUGUGGGGCGCAUUGUGAUUGGCCAGUACUCAACCGGCCCCCCCGAGUCCAGCCACUGGCGGCGUCUGCUGACAUCACACCGCACCCCCGUGGAGCAGUGGCACAGCCUGCGGUCCCGGGCCGAGUGUGAUCGUGUGUCCCCGGCUUCGCUUGAGGUCACGUGAUCAGUGGGGGGCUCUGCAUCACCUUACUCACCGGAGACUGAACAACAUUUUUUUUAACUGUUUUGAAACUACCAACAGUAGGUGCAUGUAGAAGCCCUUACUUAGUUGUUAUGCUGGCGAUAGAGAUGUGCUCACUUAUCUGAACUACCUUUAGAUAGACAAAAUUAUCUAGUGUGCUAAAUCUGUAUUCUCCCUGGGUAUUUUUAAUUUAUUUCGGUUAGUUGUAAUUCAUUAACUGUCCAGCAGGUGGGGUUGGUGUAUAUACUGUGCAGGGUGAAGUCAGUUGGCUGUUUUGCAAUGCUGUUGUGGAAUCACAUAAUCAGAACUUAACCAACUAUCAUGAGAUCCCUGUGGAAAUAGAGCUUUCUUUUGUUUUAAUGUUUUCUCCUUAAGACAAAUGUUCAGCACUAAAAGCCCUAAUUGAUGUAAUCUACAUCACACUCCAUGACAUGUAGACUCAUGUUGUCCAUUGAUGGCCCCACUUGCUCAUAAGAUUUUGCUCUGUGGUGUUUUUGUUUCCACAACAGUUGACUUCCUUUAUCCAGCAUGAUUGGGAGGUAGGCUAUGCAGAGUCAAAGAGCCAGGAGAUCCUGGUUUCAUAUCCAGCUUCAUACAGAUGAGUAUGACAUGAUCUGCACUUAAAAAAUAGCAUACUGUUAAUAUUAGGUCAGCAUAUGUCUAUCUGGAGCCAAAGGUUAGUGAAUUCAAUCCAGAGACAAUGAACGUGAGGAGUGGAAGUGUGUGUGACAGAGGGCGAGAGUGAGAGAGAGCAAUAGUGUAACUGCAGCUACAACCCCACCCCCAUCUCUCCCCCAACCCUCUCAAGAAAGCAAACUGAAAACCUGCAUACCUCACUGGACAGCCUCAUGUGGGCCCUGUGUCCGUGCUUCUGUCUUCUCUCCAUGUAAACUCAAUGGGGAUAAAAAACAAAACAUCAAUCAGAACCGUGGACAGAAAUCAGCAUUGGUGUGCGCCUAAAACGUUGGUAGUGAUGUAUAGAGUUUGUAUGUAGUGUGGAUGUGUGUUUGUAUAUUGUGUUUUGUUCGCACCGAGAUUUCAUCACAACCCUUCCCCCCACUCCCCGCUACAUAAACACGCACAUAAACACUUGUUAGCAUAUACACCGAACUGCACACACACUGCUUAACCUCAUUUAUGUCCUGUAAAUAAUGAAUAAAGUUCUUGUAUUUUAUCUUUUGUGACCCCCUUAAAGAUUGUGUAAUGAGUAUGUGUGUGUGUGUGUGUCAGUCUGUGUUGGGGUCCCCCAUGGAGGACUGUGGAAAGUGUAGUUUCAUUUAGAAAAAAAAUACAGCUUCCACAGUUUCUUUCUGCAGCGGAACAAAUUUAUUGCCUUCAAAGAUGGUGGAGGAAAGAGACUCCCUUUAAAAAAAUCUACCCAUGGUGUAAUUUUCAUGCUAUGGCAGUAAAUCAUAAGUAUUUUUCUUCCAGCAGAAUAUGUUAAAGAGAUUAACGUUUUAGGCCCUCUAAAAUUCAUCUUUGUUCAGAUAAUGAGCCAGAAUACAAUUGGAACAGUUCCAGUAGGCGGCGCUCUAAUAUUGAUCUCAGUGCUACUUUCCUAAUUGGAAAUAAUACAUGAAGACAUAUUAGCCCGCUAAGAAAUGACAGAUUCAAAUGAGGCAGUACGCCCUUACACAGUGUAAAACCUUCAGAGCUGCUGAACUGGAAACUGUGAUCUCAUCAGCAAGCAAAGGCUUAUUCAUAUCCUCUCUCAACGAGACUUCUGCUAGGACAAGGAGAUUACUUUAUUCAGAGUGCACAUUCUGUGCAAUAUUGAGAAUGGCUACUGUAGUGGCAUCCAUUUGAGAUAGACGACCAAUUUAUCUCUGGCAACCAGUUAUCAGCAACCUACUGUAAAAAACUCGCUGUGUUGUGGCUUACUAGGCCUUUACGUGCCGAGACAAGGUAUGCACUUCAGGCAUUCUCAUAGCAAUACAGGCCGGAGAAGGCAUGCUGGGCUUCUUCCUCUCAAAGGGUUAGGGAUGUAGCCUCUCAAGUGUUGCUUCAGUGUUAGUGUGUCCUUCUCCUUCUCCUGUGCGUAUAUUCUCAUCUUUGGGUCUGGCUGUCCUCAGCUCCCUACUAAAUGCUGCAACGGGAUUCUGGAAUCUAUUCACAGUGUGUACUUUCACUGCAGUUGCACAGUAGGACUGGAAGAGGUUCCAAAAUCCUACUAGGGUUUAACGGAAGCCAGGGAGCCAGUGUGCCGAGUCCCUCUACUGGUGCACGGAGAUUUCUCACUGUUUGUUUUAAUGUACAGCACACUGUGUUUGAAUCCAAUAUAGCAUGACCUUGGUCCUGAGUAGUGCCAUGUCUUUAGCCACAAUUAGAUUGUAUGUAUGUACUGUAUCUUCAUAAUCCAAUAAGGCAUGUUAUAUCACUUCACGAUCACAGUAACAAAGUAGAGAAUGUUUUAUUACAAUGAUCCACAGGGGUGCUGAACACUGGCUUCAUCGUUUUCUCUGAACCCCUCUUCGAAAUCCAGUAAUAUACAGGGUUUAUCAGCAUUUGUGCAUCAUAGGGAAGGCUCUGUAUACGAUAGACUACUGUACUGUAUGUUCAAACUGGGACCAUGUAGCCAUAAAAUGUGUACUGCAGGAGGAAAUUGGCCAUUUUGUCAAAAAAAUUAAACUGUCAUCAGGUACUCUAACCCCCAGUGUCUGCUGGUUUUCAUUCCCACUGAGUUCUCAAUUACUGAACUAAUAAUGUGCUCAAUUAGACCUUUUUAAUUGUUCUCAGCGCCUAACAAGUUGCUGAUUUCAAGUUACUUGUUGUAUCGGCAACUUGAAAUCGCCAACUGUUUAAAAGCUGAAAACAGUUAAAAGGGUCUUAUUAAGCUAAUGAAUAGUUCAAUUAAGGGUUCAAUUAAGUAAUUGACCAGGGUUGGGAACCCCUGCUCUAACCCACCACCUAGCACCCUAUGAUGCACUACUUGAUUUUACCCUGUGAUACUAUUAUCAAUAUUGUUAUUGUGUGCCAUAACUUUCUGUCAUACUGUUUUAAGAAGCUGUUAUUCCAGUUUUGCCAAACUAUGGCCUUUUGAAUUGUUACCUGGUGUCCAUCGCUACUGAAUCGAGAAAACGUGCUGUCAGAACCUUUGUUUUGUGUUUCCAUGGUGAUAGGAUACAGAACAAUAAGCUAAAAGGAUUCUUUACCCAUGGCAACUUCACAGCAGUUAAUUAUUUGCAAUGGGCUGCAGGCCACUGGUGGUGGCGUAUCUCAAAGCAACCUGAGAGCACCUUGGUUGUUUAUUGGGAAGCCAAGAAGUGCUGAUUUCUGUGAAGCUUGGCUGUUUUUGAUACUGCUGACCCCUGGGGGUGAAACUAGGUACUGGGAUAAGAACCUCAUUGAAACUAUUGCAAGCAACUGGCUGUUGUGAAAUCAACCAGUAUAUGGGGUCAAAAGCCCAUGAAGUACGAGACCACUUUUGGUCAACUGGUUAAUGUUAUUUGAGCUACUUUGUGCAAAUUGCUUAAGAAAGUCACCUGCAACCAGUUGAACAGUAAGUUGCCUCGUGAUUAAUGGGCUUUAAAGCCACAGUCAUGUGUGUGCCGGGACCUGGGUCUCUCAGUGUUGAAGCAGAACAUCUCCCUGCUGCCAUCCAGCUCGUUCUUGUUAUUCAGGCAAGCAGGCUAGUUUACUGUCUUCUGUGUCUCUAGGUCAUAAGCUUCUGUACGUUCUCACAGCAUACUGUGUGGUUUAUUAUAAAGUGUAUAUUUAUUGACAAUAAAGAUGAUAUAUUGGUGCCAUGUAUACAGCUCUGCUGCUGGACAAGCACAGCAGUCUUGUAUUUUUCUUUGAAGUCUUGCCUUCUUUCAGCUGUGAACCCAAUAGGAGGAAUCGCCUCUUUUAGACAUGAAGCUCACGCUUUGUUUAACAAAACAAUUUCUAAGAAAGUGUCUUCACAAGUAAACAAUAGUAAUUUGUUAUGCUAAAACAGAAUUCUUUGGUGAGCAGUUCACACCAUAGUUUUGUCUUUGGUUAACUUGGUUAUCAGACUUUUGCAAAGCAUGUCAGUCAUUAGGGGAAGCAUACUGUGAUAGAAUACAAAACUCUAAAACUCAGAAUGUCAAUGACAAAGCAUUCUAAAAAUACUCCAGAAAGGCCCCUUUACCUAAAACACGUUUGCUUAGUGUUCUAGUUUCCAGGUAUGGUCACGCCAGCAGAGUGAUAACACAGCUCAAGUGUUAAAGGGUUAAAUGCAGAGGCACUAGAAGCUCUCCUGGAGAUCAGACACCAGGAGACUGAUCUCCAGACUCCAGUCCUCAUUAAAACAAAUCUUUCUAACUCCAAAACCCAGAAGCUGUCCCUUAAAAUUAAUGGACAGGUCGAGGACUGAACCCCUGUCCCUUUGAAGCUGGAACUGAAUGAGAUUGCGUGAGCCCCCUAGACAUUCCUCUUCAUCUCAGCCCACACCCUUCUUCUCUGGCAGGGUCACUCGGGCCCCCAGCACCUCCGGAUGAGUGAGCAGGGAGUAUUGAGAGCUCAAAUGAGCAAGUCUGUUUAUUUCACUGGGGACAAGCUAAAUAAAUGUCGUGAUUUAUACUCUAUUAGCUUGCAAUUACUUUUAAGCUGAGUCGCUACACUGAAGAAGACAUUAGCCAACAUGUUUGUCUUCUUGGUUUCGUUUCUCGUGGUUUUUAAUUAAAACAAACCUGUUAAUUGUGCUUCUGCUAAUUGUGAUUCUCAGGUCAUUUCACCUCAGCAACACCUUCGGGGUCAAAGCAUGUCACUAAGUUGCAAAGAAUGUCAGUCAUUAGGGGAGGCAGCUGGUUGGUUAAUGAUUGGAAAUAAGGCAUUGCAGUAGUGGAGAGAGAAUUUCAGGUGACCUAGUAAGUGCAAACAUAAGGCAUGCAAACUGAAAGUCACUUUUUAAAAUGAAAUUACAUGUUUGCAAAAAAAAUUUAAAUAAAAAAUAAACCUGCAAAUGUGAGCAACUGGAAGUGCACAAUAAUAUGGUUUAUGGAAUUAUUUCACAAUAUAAUCCCUUUUCAGUAAAAGUCCCUAGGAGGGCUUCAAUUGGUUCUGAAU